AUGAACGUCAUCCUGAAAGGCAAGACUCUGAGGAGAAGGUUCCACGUCCUGGGGAUCGUGCUGCUUCUCUUCAUGGCUUUCUACUUCCUGUACGACUUCAGCUCAAGGAAACACUGGGACAACUCUCUGAGUACGAUGUAUUCGUUCUACCCUCGGCCCAUCAAGCACCUGGUGGAUUCACUGAAGAGAGCAGGAGGCAGUGAUGAGGAGCAGGACUCGUCCUCCAUGUCCUCCAUAGACCCGUUCUGGGAUCAACUCCAGGAUUCCUCUGAUAGCUGCAGUCCCAAGUUGCACAUCGUCUUCCUGAAGAGUCAGUGGAGCGACAGCGGCCAAAUCCAGAACAUCCUGUUCCGCUACGGCGAGAAGAGGAACCUGACCUUCGCCCUGCCGCAGAACCGGGCGCUCAAGUUCUCUUACCCGGAACUUUUCCAGUCCACGUUUGUGGAAGGAGUCCAGGGGGACGGCGUCAAGCGGUUCCACAUCCUGUGUAACGAGAUGAGGUUCCGCAAGUCCGAGGUGGCCAAAGUGAUGCCUGCAGACACCUUCUACUUCUCCAUGCUGAGACACCCCGUCGCCACGACGCAGUCCAUGUUUCUGUACUUCAAGUAUGUGUCCAGCUCCAGUGACAUCCACAUGCUGGACGAGGUGCUGGAGGACUAUUUUGGACACCACACGCCGGCAGACGCGGAGACCGACCACUACUUUACCACCGUGGCGUUUGACUUCGGCCUCAAUGUCAGCGUUGCGGCGGACCCCCGAGACCUGGAGCUCCAAGCCGCCAAGGCCAUCGAGCACAUGGAGGAAGACUUCCACCUUCUCCUCAUCCAUGAAUACUUUGACGAGUCCCUCGUGCUGCUCAGGCACAAGCUCUGCUGGUCUCUGGAGGACGUGGCGACCUUCAGGCGCAGCGAGCGGAACGACCAGCCCGGCUAUCCUGUUCUGCCAGACACCGCGGAGCACAUCCAGAGGUGGAACGCUCUGGACUGGAAGAUCUACCAGCACUUCAACGCCACCUUCUGGAGCCGGGUGGAGAGGGAGGUGGGGGCGGAGCAGAUGAAGAGGGAGGUGUCCGAGCUGAGACAGCUGCAGGCGGAGCUGAUGAAAACCUGCCUGAGAGGCAGAUUCAAAAAUAUACCAAAAGAAUUUAGCAGUAUCAAAUUGGAGUGGAACGGAGGAGACAUCAAGCUGGACUUCAACAUCAACCAGCAGCUGGACAACCACACCUACGGGCAGUGCCAGAAACACCUGACUCCCGAGAUGCAGUACACCUCCACCCUGUACGACCGGCACUUCCCACAGCAGGCUGGGCAGAAGUGA